CUGCACUCAAAAUUGGCCGCGAUGAACCUCAUCUCCGGAAGCCUCGAUAGUGUGAAGCAACAGGUGAAGGCUAUGGCCUCCACCGUCUCCUCAGCUAGGCCAGCGGAUCUCCGUCAGAAGACGGCCGGGAUGAGCAGGGCGGACCUCGUCGCGGGUCUCAGCCAUGUCAAGGACCAGGCUGCGGCCGCGGUUUCGACCCGCGACGGCGCCAUGAAAGCCUCGGCUCUAGUCCUCGGGGGCGCCGUGAGCAUCUACUUCCUCUGGCCCGCGGCCGCCGCCCCUGCCGCCGCCGGCGCCAUGAUGAAGGCGCCAGGCGCCGCCGGCUUCGUCGUCUCCCGCGUGGCGUUCCUGGCCCACAAGCAGCUCUACUUCCAGGUCCUCCGCACGGCCGGCCCUGCCGCUGCGGUCGCGGUUCUCGCGGUGUAGGGAACUGGAUAUCCAUGGAAGCGACGUACGUUCCGUUUGCGCUGCGUGCAGCCGGGUUCUUGGUGCACAGUGUUCAUUAAGUGUGUUGAUAUACUGUCUACUAGUAGUACUAGCAUUUGGGCGUGCAUUGAGGAUCUGUCAUCUAUCCCAGGGAACUGAUCUCUCCUACGCAUGGUGUGCAAUAAGCGCUGCCUGGCUAGUACUCGUAGUUUGCACUGUUCUCCUAUAUUUCUUUUUUGCUGCAAAGCAAGUGCUUGCUUACAUA